GGCUGGGCUAGGAGCCGCCGCCUCCCCCCCGCCCAGCGAUGUAUUCAGCGCCCUCCGCCUGCACUUGCCUGUGUUUACAUUUCCUACUGCUGUGCUUCCAGGUACAGGUGCUGGCAGCCGAGGAGAACGUGGACUUCCGCAUCCACGUGGAGAACCAGACGCGGGCCCGGGACGAUGUGAGCCGAAAGCAGCUGCGGCUGUACCAGCUGUACAGCCGGACCAGUGGGAAGCACAUCCAGGUCCUGGGCCGCAGGAUCAGUGCCCGCGGCGAGGACGGGGACAAGUAUGCCCAGCUCCUAGUGGAGACAGACACCUUCGGUAGUCAAGUCCGGAUCAAGGGCAAGGAGACGGAAUUCUACCUGUGUAUGAACCGGAAAGGCAAGCUCGUGGGGAAGCCCGAUGGCACCAGCAAGGAGUGUGUAUUCAUUGAGAAGGUCCUGGAGAACAACUACACAGCCCUGAUGUCUGCCAAGUACUCUGGCUGGUACGUGGGCUUCACCAAGAAGGGGCGGCCACGGAAGGGUCCCAAGACUCGGGAGAACCAGCAGGACGUGCACUUCAUGAAACGCUACCCCAAGGGGCAGGCAGAGCUGCAGAAGCCCUUCAAGUAUACCACGGUGACCAAGAGGUCCCGGCGGAUCCGCCCCACGCACCCUGGCUAGGCUGGCCCCACCGCAGUCCCCUGGGCUGCCCCCUGGCCCACACUCACACUCACAGAGAACUGCAUCAGAGGAAUAUUUUUACAUGAAAAAUUAGGAAGAAGCUCUAUUUUUGUACAUUGUGUUUAAAAGAAGACAAAAACUGAACCAAAACUCUUGGGGAGGGGGGAGCAAUAAGGAUUUUAUUGUUGACUUGAAACCCCCUGUCUAUGACAAAAGACUCACGAAAAGGGACUGCUGUCAACGGACAGGUGCUUGUCUCUCUCUAGGAACAGACAACUCUAAUCUUGUCCCCAGAGGAGGAUUUGAAUGAGGAAAACGACACUCUGAGAAACCAAAGUCCUUUUUCCCAAAGGUUCUGAAAGAAAAAAAAAAAAAAAAAAAAAAAAAAAGGCAAAGCAAAAAAGAAAAAAAAAAAAGAAAAGAGAAAAAAAAAAGAAAAGAAAAACAAAGAGAAAGUAGUACCUAUCCCCAGACUCCCCGUCUUUCCCAACCCCUAUCCCUGCCCCAGACUCCAACAAAAAUCGCUCUCUGGUUUGCAGUCAUUUAUUUAUUGUCCGCUGCAAGCUGUCCCGAGACACCGCGCAGGGAAGGCGUGCCCCUCGGAAUUCUCGGCGCCUCGACUUCCGACGACA